AGUAGACCGACUCGCGUUUGAGCGUGGUUGUGUUUACAAGCGUCUCGUUUACGUACCGCAUGCUGGUUGGUUGCGUAAAUAAACAGCUAAGUCAUUAUUAUUAAUGUCCAAUUCAUUUAUAUUUGCGUUUACAGAGAGGAAUGUACUCUUCUUUCUUUCCUUUUUUAUAGCAGGGUCAGCUCUGCUUUGUCUCCAAUGUCGAGCAGGAAGAAGUAAAGUCUCUGGAUAAAUUUAAACAUGAAGCAGGGCAGCGAGGCUGUGAACGUCCCUGCGUGCUUCAUUUCAAACCAUGAAGGUUUCCUUGGAAGCAUCAAAAACUUUAUUGAAGACUUUGUGGUGACUGAGAUAGAUAUUGAUGGACAUCUUGUUAAAACAGAAGCAGCCACACAGACGCCAAGCUGCGCCUCCGGCGAUGGAAACAACAAAACCAGUGCAGAAUUCCUGGAGAACAGUCAUUCCUCAGUGUCACAGGACGCUGACGUUUCCAUGGAGUGGGGGGUGGACGUCCCCCUGCCGGGUCUUGGCAGUUUCGAUUUAGGUGUGAUUUUAGGCCAGUCAGUGAGUGAAGAGCUUGAGCACUUUGUGUUGACUCUCAGAGAUGAGAAGCCGCCCGAGCUGGAGCUUUCUUUGGGAUCCUUUGCUGACAAACACCAGCGAGCCAACGUCCACCGGGCCGUCAGACACCGCUUCCCCUUCCUCAUGACCGUCACCAUUCAGCCCGAGAUCAGGGUGAGGGAAGACCCCGACUACAGAGAGCUCUCCCAGCUGGUUAAGGAGGACGAGGCAGAGGACUUCUUCAGGUUUAUAGAUGCCAAGGUGCGAGGCUCAUCCUACACAUUUGGACCCGAUGACAAUAAGGAGCACAGGACGGCUGUCCAUCACUUCCUGAACAGGCGGUUUGGGAAACUGGUGGAGACUAAGAGCUUCAUCGACCAGGGGAGGACAUCAAUCUCAGUUAGGUUGAGGGAGCGAGGGAGGCCAAAGAAGAGAACCGCGGAAGAACGUAAGGAAGAAGAAGUUUAUACUGCGUUCACUCUGUGUAAGGAGAACCUGGAGACUCUAGAGGCCAUCAGCUACAUGGCAGCAGCUCUGGGGAUUUUGCCGUCCGAUUUCACCUACGCCGGGAUCAAAGAUAAGAGAGCCAUCACGUACCAGUCCAUGGUGGUCAAGAAGGUCUCACCUCAACGGUUGGCGGAGAAGAUAGCAGAGUUCGAGAAGCGAGGGAUGCGUCUGUCCCAGGUCCGCUCCGUCAGCGAGCCUCUCAGGCUCGGGCGACUGCAGGGGAAUCACUUUGACCUGGUCGUCCGCGACCUGAGACCACACACUGACGCACACUCUGGUGUGGACAAACACACACGUCUGGCAUCUCUGGUAAAAGAGGCAGUGGAAAAUGUCAAGGCCAGAGGUUUUGUCAACUACUACGGACCACAAAGGUUUGGGAGCGGACAGAGCGUUGAGUCCGAUCGAGUAGGACUAGCUUUACUCAAAGAGGAUAUGGUGAGUGCUGUGCGUCUCUUCUUCACUCCAGAGGAAGGAGAUGAUCCUCAGAACCAGGCAAAGAGACACUUCCUGCAAACAGAUAAUGCGAAGGAGUCUUUGGCCUUGAUGCCGCUGUCCAAGGCCAGGGAGCGGCUGAUGCUUCGGGCCCUGAACCGCUACGGUACAGGUCCAGAUGGUUGUGCCCAAGCGUGGCUCAGCCUUCCUCACAGCAUGAGAGUUUUCUACCCUCACGCCUACUGUAGCAGAGUCUGGAACGAGGCCGUGGCACACCGGCUGACUACGAUGGGUCACAGUGUGAGACAGGGAGACCUGGUAAGGAAGCGAGAUGGACAAAACAAAACGGAGGACACUGGAGAAGGCAGCGCUGCUCAGAUCCAUGUAGUGACACAUCAGGAGGAGCAAGCGGGAGCCUACACACUAGAACAAGUGUUAUUACCGAUGCCUGGAAACACAGUGAAGUAUCCAGAAAACGCCAUGGGGACCUGGUACCAGGAGAGACUGGCCAGAGAGGGGCUGCGCGACUGUCGCUUCAGAGUCAGCAGCCUCAAACUGAAUCUGCCUGGCUGCUACCGCCCCCUGCUGGCAGUGCCGCACAACUUCAGCUACCAGCUGCAGACGGGAGCCGGCGGCGGAGACGGCGGAAGACUGAGGACGGGCGAAAGUCUCACUUUGAACUUCGACCUGGACUCCUCCUGCUACGCCACCAUCUGCCUCAGAGAGAUUAUGAAGACUGACCCCUGAAACUCACAGGGACGUUGUUGUUGUCGUGUUUGUGUUAUUUCAAGGUGAAAGAAAGGAGAUGCAGCUUUUUGUAACACUGUUUUGUACUUUCUUUGACGGUGAUUGUGAUACGUCAUUAUUAUCCUUUCGGUUUGUUGUUCCAGCAGAAGAGAUAUACAUCAAGAGAAUUCAUAAUGCGCAGUUGAUAAAACGUAUAUUGAAGGGGGGCCACUGCCAAAUGUGAACAAAGUUAAAUGUAAAAGCAUGUAAACAGAAUGUGUUUUGUGCCAUGAAUAAAACUUUUGGUAUUUGAGAAAUCA